AUGAGCUCCUCUGGUGAUUCCUCGUCCUCUUCCGCUGCUCUGCCUGCCUCCGCGGUUCCCACCGCGCCGCCGCCCUUCAUCCCGCCCCAACUUGCGGCCAUCCUCGCCGCCAGCCACAACGCGAGCCAGAUGGCUGCGUCUACCACGUCGCGCCCUUUCUACCUUGGCUCGUCGCAGUUUGCCUCGGGAUUCUUCCCCACGCCGCCGCCCUACGCGCCGACUCCGAUCGCGCCACCGCAGCUUCCGUCGGCACCCCCGGCUUCGCUCGACAAUGCCCUGGCUGCGCCCGCUGCGGCGCCCGCUGCGGCGCCCCCGGCUUCGCGCGACACCGUCCUGGCUGCGCUCGAUGCGAUGGCCUCGCCCAUCGUCACCACUACGGUGCAUCCCGCCGUACCUACGGCUUCCCUGGCUGCUGAUGGCCCGGGCACUGGUCCUUACCAGCUCACGCACCUCAUCACGGUGCGUCUCACACAGGACAACUACCUGUUUUGGCGGGCGCAAAUUCUGCCGCUCCUUCGCAGUCGUCAUCUCGAAGGCUUCGUCGAUGGGAGCCACCCGUGCCCGCCUCGCCUCGUCCCCGCGGUCACCGCCACCGGCGCCCAGGUCUCCGCUGAGAACCCGGCGUACCGCAUCUGGGUCGCACAGGACCAGGCCAUCCUCUCGGCGCUCCAGUCCUCCUUGACGGAGGGCGUCACCGAUCUGGUCGAGGCGGUGCGGGGUCGUGAGACUAUGUCCCCUCGGGACCUCUACUCGCGCCUUCUCUCCACUAAGCAGCGUGUCAACGCCCGUCAUGCCGAGCUACAUGCGGCUGAUCCGCACGCCCACGCUGCCUACCGUGGGGCCCCUGGUGGUGGCUAUCGUCCCCCUCGACCUCCUGCCGGCCCGCCGGCUCCGCCGCCUAUGGGAGGUGGUGGUCGUCCACCCUCUCCAUCACCACCGCCCCGCACCGACCGUCGUGGCCGCCCUAAUGUUGACUGCCAGCUUUGUGGCAUCCAUGGUCACUACGCCUCUCGCUGCCACCGUCGCUUCAAACGAGAUUUUCUCGGCAUCGGCAACGACGGACGCGGCAAUGAGAAGCAAGCUGCCAUCGCCGAGCAGAGCUCCACGGGCUACCCUGGCGCUGCCUCUCACGGUGGAGGCGGGUACACCCCGUCCUACCCGAUCGACCCCGCUUGGUACUUCGACACAGGGGCCACCGAUCACAUGACCAACGAGGCUGGCCGACUCCAUGCGCAGGAGCCCUACCGCGGCCGUGACCAGGUCCGUACCGCUGAUGGUUCAGUUCUAAUUGCAUGUUGA